UAUUUGUCAACUACCCAACGCUGUAACACUUUGCAACCAUUGUUUAUUUUUGUUGAAUUUCGACCGCGUUAUUAUAAUUUUGAUAAAUAAUCGAUUUAGUUGUAAUGGAUACUAAUAGAAAUAAUUUUCUCGCAUCAGAACGAGUAUCAAAUAAUGACAGACUCCUCGAAAAUAAUGAAAUAAUGAUUGUAGAAUCGACCAAUAAACGAAAAAGAACAAAGGAAUCAAACAAUUACAAGAAUAAAAGAAAACGUAAUAGAGUAUCGACAGAAGCAUCAACAAAUACCUCAAAAUCGUCAUCAGAUCAUCAAAAUAAUCCAGAAAUGAGCAACGUGCAAGAAAAUUGGAAAUUUAAGCAAAAAAAUCCUCCAAACACUCUGGAAUUUCUCUAUCAAUUAGAAUUAUCAAUUUUAUGUUUACUGAGAACUUCUGCAUUUCCAAAUUCUCCAAAAUCGGUGAUAUUCCGAAAUUCCCUGAUAGCCGGACAAUUCAACAAUAUUGUCCUCGCUUUUAAGGGAAAAACCUUCUGCAUAAAAAUUCAACACAUCGAUUCUUAUUCUCCAGAGAGGAAUUUAAAUUACACUUCAUUUCUCCCACCGGAAGAUGGAAAUUUCAUUCUUACAAAUUAUCUAAACGUAUUCGCCUCCGAAUUACUCGAAAACUCAGUCCCCGCUUCCAAUGCGCCGAAUUAUUUGAUUUUCUACACAAAUGCAAAAUUAAUCGAAGAAGCAAAGAAAGAGGGGAAUUUAAAUUAUUUUUGCAGUGUCACUUCCGAUAGAGAUGGUGUUUUACUGGAAUUAUUGAAGACUGUCCAAGCUGGUAAAACUGAUCAAACUGGUCUGGGCGAAUUUUACCGAUUUGCUAAAAAUGAAAAAACGAGGAGAAAAUUGAGACGAAAGGUGAAAUUUACAAAUGAAAUCAUCACACAGUUAAGUGGAAAAAAAUCGAAAGGUUUCUCAGUGGAUGAGGUGAGGGACGCUUUCUUCGAUAGAUUAAUUUUGGCCGUUAAUCAACCGGACGUUGAAGAAUUAUUCCAUGCGGUUUGCACCGAAGUCGAAGAAAGUGGUGAAAAUUGUUUUCGAAUCAGAAACGAGGUCAUAAAACAAUUGACAACGGAGGAAGAGAAGGAUUCGAUUCUUUGUAGAUUUAAUUUAUUUACGUUCUGUCUUCAUGCCAUGUAUUUGAAUAAGAGUAUUUUCGGUGUCGAAUUCAGAGAGAAAAACGAAAGUAUCGUGAUUAAUUUUAAGGGUAAAUUCCUCUACCUAAAAGUUGUGGAAUUUACCAACGAAUUUCGUUCUUUAAUCAAACAUCAAACUCUCGAAAUGUCGAAGAAAUUUUCUCUAGAAACGUACUUUGAAUCAUUUAUUCGGGAAUUGGACGAAGAUCUCGAAUAUUAUGUCAUUUACACAAAUUUAGACCUCCAGGAAAUCGGUGAAUUGAUUCUAGGAAAGAUUUCAGGGGAAACGGAUUCAAAAUUCACCAAAAAGGUAGGAGAUGAUUGUUUUCUAAACCAGUACUUCGAGGCUGGGAAUCUUUACCAAUUUUCGAACGGGGAGACAAGAAGAACACUCAAGGACCUGCUGAAGUUGCCACAAUGUUUCGAAAUUCAGGGAAAGAACCCCGCUGGCAAAAUGAGCGAAGAUCGAAUCAAGAGUUUAUUUCUGGACAAAAUCGUCUUCGCCCUAAAUCAACAAACUUCGGAAGAAUUGUACAAUCGGCUCGAGAAUGAUGUGGAAGAUUCACAAGUGCCUUACGACUGCGAAGAUCUUUUUAAAAUCGGAAUUCGUUCUCUAAAGUUCGCUGCUUCGAUUGCUAAAAACGACCCGAAGGUAAUAACUCGAGCACUGAUGAAAACACUGCUUUUCGAUUUGAAAAACAAGGAAAAAACUAAUUUCCCUCAGAAGGAAAUCGAAUUCGCGAAGCAAAUCGUCGAGCCGAAUGUGACCGAAUUCCGGAAAUUCGUCGAGCCGGCGACCGAAUUCCGGCAAUUCGUCGAGCCGAAUGUGACCGAAUUCCGGAAAUUCGUCGAGCCGAAUGCGACCGAUUUCCGGCAAUUCGUCGAUUUUUUAAUCAACGGCAAUGGAAAAAAGUGUUUGGCAACAAUGCGGAAAAAUGGAAUCGAAAUCCCGACCAUCUGGAAAAUUAUUCAAGGAUCGGAACCUAAGGAAAAGGAAAAAGUUUUUUUGGAUUUGUACAAUUGUUGGUUCGACCCGGGCGGUGAACAAAAGGUUCGUUUAAAGAAUUUGGAAAAAAUCGAAGUCCCUUUAACCAAAGUUUGCGUUGUUUUGGAAGAAUCGGGACGAAAUUCUUUGGAAGCCUUUCGAAAGUUGUACGAUCUUUUCUUCGAGCGGUGUGGAAGAAAAACUCGUUAUCUAAAAACCCUCGAGAAGGAGAAAGUGAACGCUCUGAUGAUUUUUGAUAUUCUCGCAAAAACCGGUAUUGAGGUGGACAAAGUUUUUCGCAAACUCUUCAAUCUUUGGUUUGAGGAAUCAGGAGAAAGGACCCGCCACUUGAAAAUUCUUACCAGCAAGGGAAGAAGUUUGCCCGAAAUUUGCCGAUGUUUGUCCGGAUUCGGUGUUUAUUCGAUCGAAAAGUUUGAAUCUUUGCUCAAAGUUGUAAGUUCGGGAAAAAAACGGAAAGGUUCGAAGUCUCCGAAUUCGGCCAUAAAUCUAGAGUUUGAGGUCACUAACAACUUGUCGAUUACUUCAGAAUCUUUAGAGGAAGCAAAUAUGGAAAAAGAAUCGAAUAUCGAAAAUCGAGAGCAAGGGGUGCCCGAACCGGAAAUUAAGACCGAACCACUUGAAGAUACAAAAUCGGAGCUGGAAUUCAUGGCGAAAUUGGGGAUAAAAUUGGACAGCCUCCAGGACGACGAGGAGACAAUCGCAGCGCUAAAAGAACUGAAGGCGGCAAUCGAAGCAAAAUUGAACCAAGAGGACUUGUUGUUAGUAAACGGUGAAGAAACCGCACCACCAGAAGACAUCACUGAAGAAACCAAUGCUUCGAAAAAAGUAUUCAAAACAGCUCUAAAAGUGAAAUCCGUCGAGGAACUGAAUAGGAGUUUCAUCUCCGAAACUCCAACAACACCAGAACCUUAUAUUCUUCUCGAACAGAAUUCCCAAUUUCCAAUUCGAAAAUUGAUACUCUCCCAUCGCAAGGAAGCGAGUUUCGCCAAGUCGAUCUUCAAAAAUCAAAAUAGCUCCGAAUUUGAAACUUUGUGUACUUUCCUAAUUUUAGGACCGGGGGAAAAUUAUUUACAAAUCCUUCAAAAGAAUCGAAUUUCACUUCAACAUUUAUCGAAAGUCUUCAUCGGUUGUUUCACGGCGAACGAUGUCAUUCAAGUAUUCAGCAAACUUUACAAUUUCUGGUUCGAUGAAAACGACACUAUGAGAGAUUCUCUACGUAACAUUAAACGUGAAAAUUUGAAAUUGGAAAAUUUCCUCACAAUUCUCAUUGGUUCGGGAAUAUUAGCUGCUGGCGGUUUUAUAAAUCUAUACAACCUCUGGUUUGAUUUGGCCGGAAAUAAAACCCAUUAUUUGACAAAAUUCGAAGAGAACGGUGUAACAAUAAUAUACCUCAGGGAAAUUUACAAAGAAUCAGGAUCCAGUGCUGCGGAAUAUAUCAAAGAAUUCUAUGAACUUUGCUUCGAUUCCAAAGGAUCGAAAUCCGAAUUAUUGACGACUUUGGAAUGUGAGAAUAUAACUCUAUUGAUGAUGUUAAAAAUUCUCAAGAAUGCCGGACGGGGGACGAAAUCCACUUUUCGAAUUCUCUACAAUCGGUGGUUUGACACCGUAGGAAGUAAGACACCCCAUCUCUUGAAUUUUGAAAAAAGUGGAAUUAACCUAAAAAUGAUAGCCGAUGUUUUGAUCAAAACGGGCGAAAAUGCACCCAAAGCUUUUGAUAAUUUGUACAAAUUCGUAUUUGUCAGUGAAAAUCAAAAGCAAUACUAUUUAAAGGACCUGGAAAAUGAAUUAGAUAUGAAGAAGAUAUUCGAAAUAUUGUACGGAUCGGGAAUUUAUGUGAAUUGCUUUCUGGAUUUAUACAGUCAAUGGUUUGAUUCCAAGGGAAAUAAAACAAAGUGUCUGCGGAUUCUCGAAGAGAAUGGAGUUAAUUUAAAGUGUUUGGCGAAUGUUUUAAGGGGUACGGGUACUCAGGCUUUUGAUAUUUUCAGAAAAUUGAUGAAUUUUUUGUUUGAUGAUGAGGGAAGAAAGACGGAGAAUAUGAAGAAUAUUGAAAGUGUUAUAGAAUUGAAGACAAUGUUGGAAAUUGUUAGUGGUGCAAAUAUACGAACGUGUGAGGCAUUUUUUAAUUUAUACAAAGUCUGGUUUGACUCACAAGGAAGAAAGAGUAAUUUUCUUCUAAUUCUGGAGAAAAAUGGAAUUAACUUGAUGGAAGUGGGAAUGUUAUUAAAUGGAAGAGGUUAUAAGGCUGUUGAGAAAUUUGAAAGUCUUUGCAACAUGGCGCUUAAAUGUAAUUUACCGAAAUAUCAAUUAUUCGAGCAAUUUGAGAGAAGCUAUUACGAUCCAAUUGUUACUAAAGUGACCGUAUAGAGAGUGAAAGAUUUAAUUUAGUUUGUUUUGUAUUUUUAUUUUACAAAAGAAUAAUAAAUAUUUAUAUUUUUUUCU